AUGCCAGCUGAGUCCAUCGCGCAAGAGCUGAGAUCUGCUCUUCACCAGUACCCAAACUUUCCUAGCAAGGGUAUUCUUUUUGAAGAUUUUUUACCGAUUUUCAGAUCCCCACAACUAUUUGGUAAACUGGUAGCAGCAUUCAAAGAACACCUCGAGACCAAGUUCAAGGGCACCAAAAUUGAUUAUAUCGUGGCUCUAGAAGCUCGUGGGUUUCUUUUCGCACCUGCUGUGGCCUUGGCGAUCGGUGCAGGUUUUGUUCCAAUUAGAAAGCACGGGAAACUACCUGGUGAAUGUUUGCACGCUACAUAUACUAAGGAAUACGGCGAAGACGUGUUUGAUGUUCAGAAAGAGUCAAUUCCAGAGGGCUCGAAUGUGGUGAUCAUGGACGACAUCAUUGCCACUGGCGGUUCCGCGUUGGCUGCCGGUGAACUAAUCGAGAAAUUGGGAGCCAAUAUCCUAGAAUUCAGCUUCUUCAUGGAACUAGAUUUUCUGAAGGGUAGGGAGAGAUUGCAAGCUCCUGUUUUCACUCUCUUGACAGGACAAGAGCACGCUCUACAGAAUUAG